AAACAUGACAUCUGAUGAAAUUGUGCAAUGUCAGAACUGGAGAUAAUGUGAUUCAGCCAGUGGGGCCUUCAAUCCCAUGUUAUUAGAGCGGGUGUUUGGUGUGUUUUGGAUCCUGGACCAAGAGCAGUAGUCGGUUGUUUUGGGCUUUUUUUGUGCUGGCAUCUGGCAACCCAAACUUUCACUUUAAGAAGGCGCGUCUACGCUGCAGUGUAGUGUGUUUAUUACAAUCCUUGAAGUGGCACAUGGAAACCAUAGCUGAGUCCUCUAUGGCACAGAUCUAAACCUUAAAGGUAGUGUUCGCUUUGAGGAAGGCUUCGGAGGAAUUGAUCCUCGGAGUAUAAUCCAGCUGUCUGUGUUGACUAUUUUUAUUCAGCGGCGGCAGCACCUUCAGGGUUGCGGCGGCGUGAGCUCCCCACCGAGCCGCACGGCGAGCCGAGGCGGACUGACACAGACGGUGGUGGUGGUGGUGGUGGAGGGCUCGAGACCAGACUAGACAUGAAAUAGUCACCGGCGGAGCUGACAGAGGUGAGGCACAGUGGGGCGUGAGUGAAAUGGAGGCACCGCCGCCGGGGACGAGCUGCUGUGAGCGCACCUUGGCCAAACGGGAGUGACCGAGCCGAGAAAGCGGGGUGAUGGCAGCAUCCAGCAACUCCAGCCUGUCAGGUUCAUCUCUGUCCUCUGGUAAGAGUUCACAGCAAGUCGAUUCAAACUAGCCUCAGACUUAGCACUCAUUAAUAGGUCAAUAUUUAUAUUGUUUAUAGUUAUAAUAAUGAUUCUGAUUUUCUUAGUUGGAUUUAGACUGAAUCAAACUUAGAAAUGUUUUGCAAAAAUCCUUCCACAAUAUUUUUUCACAAAAUCACAUGGCAGCUUAAAAUGACAUUUUAUUUCUAAACACACCAGCAGUUUCCAGUGAGUGCUGUGAUUUAAAAUAAUCAAUAAAUAGAAUUCCCCACAUCUGUCCAGCUGCAGCUUUGGAAACAUCAGAGGGAAAAGGGCACCUUUGGUGUGCUGAAGGAUUAUAUAGUUGUGAGUGAGAUUCAGUCAGUUUGACAUUGGGUUUGGAUGUUAUCAUUAGAUUGCCAAUCAUCUCCAUAAUUCUCCCUCUCUGACUUUCCACUGGGUUGGCUUUGAGGAUUAUCUUUGGCCUGUGUAGUCUACCAUUUUCCAAAACGCAGCACAGGGCUGAGGCAAUUUCUGACAUCGUAAAAAAUCCCUAAUGUUCUCUGGUUCAGGGACAUGUUACAGUUUCCUCUAACUGUAACACAGUGAACAAAAAGCCAAUCAAAUCCCCUUUGCAUAAUGUUUUGCAGCUUAGCCAGUGAUGUACGUUUGCAAAAAAAAUUCAAUUUCAGAGUUCAGUUUUUGCAGAAUGAGAACAGAAAGUAGGUUAGCAGCUGCUCAAACAAGCCCAGAAUGAAGAGGGUGCUUCAUGCUUGUCUGUGUGUGUAUCACAUUAAGUGUUGAUAAAGCACGGCGCUCGUGUUCGCCAGGGUAUAAAGAACAAACUCCACUAUCAUGGAGCUGUUUGAUGUGAAAGCCUCGCCAACAACCAGAGGGAGAAAUGCAGUGUGUAUGUGUGUCUGCACGCGCGUGUGUGUGUUUGAAUGGAGAGAGAGAGGCUGUUCAUAAUACCAGGCUCAGCAUUUUGGUUUCUGUGCUGUUGCCUCCAAUAUUUUGCAUUUUUUACCAUCUACAGAACAUGCAGUGAUACUUUUCCCUCCUUCAAAAUAAAAGAAGUUUGCAUGUUUCUUACAGGGUGAGGAUAUUGUGUAGUAGACACAAUGUUUGUUUUCUUCUAUACUCUCCAUGCAUCCUAACCACAGCACACAGCAGAGUCACAUUUCCCAAGCUCCUGCCCAGAGGAGGGGAGGGAGGGACAGAGAGUCAUUUCCAAGCUGAUACAGACCGGGGUAACCACACGCUUCACAAAGCAUUAUCUCAUGUGUGCCUUUCAGAAAAGCAGUGGAUUUACUGUUUGACCACUGCUGCUUUAAGAGGAAAGUCUCUUCUUUCUGUGGCAGCGGAGGGUUGUCAUUACUGUUGGGCUCUCAAUAUAAUUAUCAGAGGUUACAAGCUGCGCUGCUGCCAGGGAUGGAGAGCUUGUCACAAGGGUAUUAUUAUUUUCAUGCAGAGCUCUUUGGCAGUCAGACACAACAUUUGAAUAAUCUUGUCUAUGAGGCAUAUGACUCAAAAAAUGAAUCUCGCCUUGGUACUGGGUUGUCUGUUUUGGCUGCAAACAAAGUGCUGCUGGUGUUAUUUUCUCUGCUCUUAAUGAUAAGUCUAUCCUGUAAUCUUGUUUGGGGGCUGUUGUCUAAGAGACAGUGUGCAAAUAAAGUUUAUUUAGUGACGAUGAUGGCAGCUGUUUCUGCUGAUACAUGAUCGUGCUAAUGGUGAUUAGUUUAUGGAAGCAAUCUUCGUCAUGUGCUCCCUGCAAAUGAUUGGAAAGUAGAGUGUAAAAAAAACAGCUUUUAAAACGUGGACAACAUUUCAAACAGAGCCGUCAAGUGCUGCCUCAAUACACAGGUGAACAAUAGACAUUUCUGGUACAGCUCAUGAUAAAAUGACAGUCAAACAGUCAAUUGAAAGAUUGCAACACAUGAGUUACAAUUCCCCAGAAAGAUAUUUUUCUGGCUAAUCGUCUGUAUCAGGGAAAUUCCUGCACAUUCUUGGCAGGAGUGGGCAUGAAGGCAUGAACUGUACUACCACCAGCUCUCAAUUUGCCUGGCAGCUUUAGGAAAUAAAGCUUUGAAAAUAAAUUGAGGGAUAAAGCAUGGAAGUAUGCUUGCAGCUUCAAGCCCUAAAUGGCAAAAUUGGUCAGAGAGGCGGAAUUACAGCCAUGUAUUUACAGUGAGGCUGUGUGCUCGAUACAUUCUCAGGCAAAUGCCACAGUUCACCUCCAAAUCUUUCCACUACAUCUACUUCCUCUGUAACAGUGUGUCAUGUUCUCUGACAUAUCUGCCUGUUUUACAGGAGGGAGAGAGAGAUCAUCCCAGAAGUAUUCUUGUCCUUGUUUUACAUUUCCCAGAAUUCAGGCCUUUAUUAAUUAAAACAACAUAAUUUUCUGUGGCAGAUAAGAGCCACUGUUGAAAUCAGAGGGCUGCAUUGCAUAUAUCUGGUGAGGAAGAGCAGCCCGGUAACACAAACAGACUCUAGAGAUACACCCUUUUUACCUGCUACAUAUUAUUCAGUCAGCCAGGAAGGCAGUGCUAAAAUGCUUUGGACCAGUUUAAUUCACAGAUGGUCUCCCUGCUGCAGUUCUGCUGCAUCCCACUGACACCAGGGUGUCUGUCAGUAUGUGCGCCUGUGGGUCUGAACGUAUCUGUUCUUUAGCACUCUGGAUGUUACAGUAUAAUGUGUCAUUUUCAUUAGUGAAUCAUACAGGCUAGGAAAUACCCACAGGCUGAAAAAUUCAUUGGGUAAAAUGAUAUAAUAAUCACAGGGAAAUAGUCCAGUGUGUCAAAAAGCCAAUUCAAAAUAACCGAGCAUAAUCACAGUUCCAGGGCCUUUAGAGAGCGAAAAUUUGAACCGGUGAAUUAGUAUUUAACCUUCCAAGGGCUAACAGUAGAAAAAUGUAAUUGCAUUGAGGUUGAACACGGGUUAGAUUCUCAUAACUUUUCAGACACAAGUCAGUGUGUAGAGUUGUGUGAUUUAUGCAGAACGGACAAUGCUUGAUCAGACUUAACUGCAGCCCCUGAGGCCUCUUUUCAUAUUUUAACUCAGUGGUGUGUCCCACUUCUCAUCAGAGACAACCACACUCAGCUAUCACAGUCAAAACACUGAGGUGUAAUGUGUGGUUGAGGGUCAGCGCAUCGAGAGGAAAUUGGUCUUUAUUGCUUCGUCAAAGAUUAUAGCUGCGUAUGUCAACCUGAAGAGCCUAAGAAAACACUGGGAUCAUAAAGGAUGAAGUUUUGGCACAUGGCUUAAAUGAAGAUGAAAGAUGUAUCGAGACAAAAUAAACAAACUGAAAACUCAUUUACCUUCAGAGGCUCAAACACCCCGAGCUUCCCAUAGAUGCACAGAGGCAUACAGAGAAUGAAAACAUGUGACUAAAAUCAACAAGACCGGUUUGAGACUCAUUUAUUUUCUCUCAAGCAUGCAAACCUUUAAGGCUAAUGAGAAAAUGAUGAAAACAGGUUUUGAGACAUCUGUGCUCUGUUUAAGAUCUCUUCCUUUUAGAUGCUGUGAUAGGGAGCAGCUGUGCAACUUGGUGUUUGUAGAAGCAUUUUAAAGCCACAUUUAGUAUGAAUAAGUAAUCAGUGUAGGAAGAGGGGGGGUACAUAGAUUUUUUCAAAUCCAGCAUUUAAGUUCUUGUGAUUAUACAACAAACAAGUGGAAAAAAUGAGGACAUAAAUAUUGAAAAAACAGAAUAAUUUCUUAAAUAAAUAAAAGCAAUUAUAUCCAAUUUAUUACGUCAAGUCCUUGUCAGUAAUUACUUUCACAUUUCCCUGUGGCAUAACAGAAAUAAGGAAAAAACAUCAUCUUUAAGUACUUAAAGCUGUGAAAUACUGAAACAACUAACCAUACCAUCUGUCUGACAAACACUGAGGCACAACAGAGGUUGCAUAUUACAAAGUGCAACAACCAAUCAAUGGCUGCCUGUCACUGGGAAAAUAAAGCAUGAUCAGCCUUAUAUGCUGUACACUGUAUGUGUUACACACAAUAAGCAGCAAAUAAAUCAAUCCCAAAAUAACAUGUUAUUAUCCUCCUAGAGAUGCAACAUAAAGCCGUCUGUUGUUCUGUCUGUGAAUGUGUGUCUGCUUCUUAUUUUAGGGGGAAAUUCAGCUGUAGAGAUGCUGCUGAAUUACCUGGCCUUUUUUUAGUCAGUUGGGUGUUUGAUUUAUGUUUUAUUAUUAUUAUUUUUUGUAUAUUUUAUUCUGGCAGAAUCAGUUAGACGCAAAUAUACAACUUUGAAUCUCUUGAUUGUUUUUGCCUCCAAAAAUGAACAUGACUCCGCUCUACACUGCUCAGUUAUCAGCCAUGUACUCAUUAUAUCUGCGCUCAGCUUACUGUUUAAAGUGCUGUAGUUGAGUGUGCACAGACUGCGGAGCAGACACUAUCUCAAGAGAUAAAAGUCCUAGGCGUGCCUCAUCUUCAUUCAUCACAUAUUCUCUUUGUCACCAAAGCAAACACCCGCCGGUAAUUAUUUUAUUGAAUGUCUCUGACUGGUGAGUAAUGGAGGGCAACACAAUUAAUAGAUGUUUCUUCGGGGGGGAAGAACCCUCUGGCUGCUCCAGAAUUUUAAAUUCUCCCUCAUCAUCAGACACGGCGCAGACUCCCAGCUACUUACACAAUCUUUUUGAUGUUCUUCUUCCUGUGUGUGUUUCUGUGUGUGCACGUGUGUUGCGGUUUUGAGUGGGUAUGUACAGUGUAGCAGGAGCUAUUCGUGUGUGUGUUUGUGCAAGCGUGUGCCAGUGUUUGCAUCAGAAUCGACCAUUAGGAGCUCCUUCUCUCUGAGCCCGGGCUGCAGCAGAAUUCCAGACUGAAAUGCCAUUCGUCAUUAAAAUGAAUCAGAUUGAAAAGAGAAUAGUUGGCAGCCCACCAGAUGAAAUCACAUUCUUUAAACAAGCCGCAGUGGAAUAAAUCUUUCAGACUGUUGCCAGCGCAAUACACAGUGACAAAGCCCCUCGGUCAGGACAAUUCAUUUUCCCAAGCAGCUUGGCCACACAUCAGCAAACAGAGUCCACAAACUAUUUAUUUGUAUUAGAGGGCAGAGUUUAUGUGAAGGGCUUUUGCAACAACAGACAAAACACCCACUUCUACUUUGAACAUUUGCAUAAUUAUUCAGCAUUUGAUCAUAUGCACCUGCCUCGUCUUUCCUGUGCAAUUAAAAUCAACUCUUUCGGAAGUGGUUGUUAUGAGAAGUAUAGAUCAGCUUCAGGCACAUCUUAUUAUAAUUCAACAAGCCUUCAGUCCAGCAGCUGCAGAAAAAAACAAGAGGAAAAUACUGAUUGCCCUCUCCUCAAGUGCCAUCAGAUAAAUAUAGCACAGUAAUAGACAGAAACUCUAUACACUCAGAAAACUAGUGCUGUAGUUUUGACUCUGAUGGAUAAGUUUCUAAAUCCCGCUGCCCACAUCCAACAAGUGCUCACUGGUUUUCACACCCUCUCAGGUGCUUUUUUCACUGGGGUGUGGCUGAUCUGCUGCCGAGUGCAGAGGAAUGCUUGAAAUGUCGAACAUGUAUCUUCUGGAUCAACAUGAUUCAUUAUGCACACAAUCAGUGGAGUCUCUUAGAUGUGGUGCUGAGAGUUUAAUGAGAUAUUACACCAGGCAUAUGAAUGCUUUAUCGCUAUAGAAGCUACUUAGUGCAUUUGAUGUGCAGGGUCAGAGUGUAAGAUACCUACAACCCCAAACCCACAAGAGUUGGGAUGUUGUGCAAAAUAUUCAAAGAAAGAUUUUGAUUGUCUACAAAUCAUUGAAACCUUAUAUUCGAUUCACAAAUAGUGCAAAGACAAUACACUAAGGGUUGAAACUGAAAAAUGUUGGUGUGUUCUGGACAGAGCCCUGUUUACAGCUGUGUUGCAUCACUCCUCUCUCAAACAACAUUCAAUAAAUGUCUGGUAACCUAGGAGACCGCUUUCAAAUGUUUCAAAAGUGAAAUGUUAUACCAUUCCAGCCUGGUACAGGGUUUUGCUACUCAACAGUUCAGGGUCUCUUUGCCAUAGUUUUACUUUCAUAAUGCAACAAAUGUUAAUGGAUAGCAAGUCAGGAAUGCAGGCAGGUCAGUUUAGCACUAGAACUCUUGUACUACAGAGCCACACUGUUGCAACAUCUGCAAAUUGUAGAUGUUGUGUUAUGCGAGGUCUUCCCUGAUAAAGGCGUUGUCUGAAUUGCAGCAUAUGUCAUUCCAAAACCUGUUUGUAUUGUUCAGUAUUUAUGGUGCCUUCACAGAUGUGUAAGCUGCUUAUGUUAUGGGCACUUGCGCAUUACUAUACCACCACCUCUAAUGCUGGUGUGCACUGUUAAAAAGCCAGGUGGUCCCUGUCCUCUCAGAGCAGGGGAUGUGGUUUCUUCUAAAUUUCCAAAAGGAAUGUCAAAAUUUUAUUUGGCAGAUAUGAGGAAAGUUGUCAACUCUGCCGUAUACCAUCUUAAAUUGGAAGUUGCAGGCAUUUCUUGGUCAUGUUUUUAUAUCUAUGUGUUAUAAAUGGGGCCCACGUUUAAAGGGAUAUUCCGGCAUAAAAUUCAUUCAGGGUCAAACACACCGUAACACCAAGUCAGACACCCCGUCGAGAUGAAUGUUGCUGACUGCUUGCUUCUCUAGUUAUACCAACUUUGUAAAGACUGCAAAUAAUAAUACAAAGAGCCGUGCACUGAACCAAAACGCCACUCUACAGCCACAAAUAAUGCUCAGAACAGCACCUAACUUCAUCAACAGUACAUGUAGGGUCCCAGCCAUAGUACUAGCCACCAAACAUCUUUUUAGCUUUGCCUGAUUUUUUUUGUGAAAAGACUAAACACAACUCACCUACUCUCUUCCAGCAGCCGCUCGUUUGGACAGAGACCUCCGGACAAAUCCAUCGACAGCAGGGGGUGACACAGUUCAAGGAAGAACAUUUAUGAUCAUUACUUUAUCAUUUCCUUGAAGUAAUAAUCACCAUACUAAUCAUUUUGCAGUACAGACGCAGUAGUUCUUCUGCUUUAGCGUCUCAGUCUGAUUGCAUUUCCAUGAAGUAAUAAUCAUAAAUGUUCUUCCUUGAGCUGCGUCACCCGCUGCUGUCGAUGGACUCGCCCGAGGUCUCAGUACAAACAAGCAGCUGCUGGAAGAGAGACAGUGUGUUGUGUUUAGUCUCUUUGCUAAAGAAAUCAGGCAAAGCUAGAAAGAUGUUUGGUGGUUAGUACUGUGGCUGGGACCCUAUAUGUACUGUCGAUGAAGUUAGGUGCUGUUCUGAGCAUUAUUUGUGGCUAUAGAGUGGCUUUUUGGUUGAGCACGUGGCUCUCUGUAUUGCUAUGGUGCCGUCAUUACUAAAGUUGUAUAACUAGAGAAGCAAGCGGUCGGAAACAUUCAUCUCUCAACGGGGUGUCUAACUCGGUGUUGCGGUGUGUUUGACCCUAACUUAAUUUUAUGCCGGAAUAUCCCUUUAACACAAACCAAAAAUUUCUCAAAGAGCUUAAAGCAUCAUCAUUAGAGAAACUUUUAUUAGCUUCUGCUGGGUGUUGCAUGUUUUAAUCGAUAAUCCAACAAAAAUCAAUAUAAAACAUAAGCUUGUUUUACCUUAAAAGCAUGGGUUUAUCUUGUUUGUUGAUUAGUACAUUUGUAGCAUCACUGAGUGAAAAGGAUCAUCCUUGACCUCAAAAUAACACAGAAAUUCUCAAUGAAUUCUUGCUCACCAGCUUGCAAGUGCACAUUAUUAACACAAACUUAUUGCAGAUAUACUGUGUUUCAAUCUUGUCUUUAAGACCAAUGACUGCUUAGCAUCAGACUAAUGGCCUCUAGUGCACCUCAAACUGUGGCCAGAAGCUAGACUGCAGGCCAUUAAAUAGGAAUAGUUUGAUUUCCUGUAAUGGUGUAUGAAAGCUUCACUACAUCAUUCGGCAUCCUACUUGUGAUUGUACUUGUUGUGGUGUGACACAUGGAUCAUUAUUGUAUUCAUAGAAAAAAUAUGCUGCACCAUUUGUCUCAUAAUGAGUCCCAGACAGUUGAUUACAUUACUGGUAUUGUAGAACAGCAGCAAAUUCGUCCAUACUUUUGACUUAUUAAGUGACACGUUUUAUUACAAGUCAUUACUUUAGCCGGUAGCUACUACAGUAAAUUAUCUGCAGCUACAGGGCAUUUACUUCAUCACCUCUCCAAGUCUAUUCAAGCUAAUUUAACAGCACACUUAAUCAAAGAUUCCAUGAGAGUGUUCAUGUUAACAUAAAUCAGGCAGCACUUUUCCAGAAGAAGGUCUAACCGUGGAUGGUGGCGUCUGGUUGUAUUAACCUGUGUUCGCUUUGUUGGUGUUUUUGCUGCAACAAAACAAGUGGACAGGUGUAUGAACUGUCCUUGAAUCAGAGACACCGGUUAGAAGCAUAUUCACUGCUGCAUCUCAAGAGGCAGCCGCACAGUGUGAAGCCAUAUGCAUAAUUAUAACACAGAUAAACAACAGUGACAUAACACAGUGAAGGGCCCACAGACAAUCCACUGGGAACAGGAAAGAAAUGGAGGUUUUAAUGAGACAGAACAGGCCACAGUCUGUUAACACCACUAACUGCUUUAAUUUUGUGUUUUACAGACCCCGAGGAUUACCAACCGCCCAUAUGGAAAUCAUACUGUGAGUAAUUUAGAUAUUCUAUAUUCAGAUUUGCGAUCUUUAACCUGACUCUGUCCUGGAGUCUGUUUCUGUGAAUAGUAUCCUGUUCAUUCAGGAUCUAUAAAUAACAGAGGGACACAUUUUUGUUCUUGGAAGAAUUAGGUUUUGUUGUACAUAGUACAAUUAGACACGCUACAGGUUUAUAAAAGCACUACACACACAUGCACAACAAGGCACACACUUAACACACUCGCCCACUGAACACACUCUAGCAUGCACCAAGCAGCCGAUCUCUGUGUAAAAUGGGUUACAGUCACAGGGGAAAAUAAGAUUUUCUACCUGCAAAGAGGCUCAGCUGAAAUGGGGUCCUCACAACACCCACCUCAUUAUACAAUGUUUAUUCGCCAUGUGGGAGGAAAUGGGUUCACUCCUCAGGAUAUAUUUGGUGCAUCCGGCAAAGCAGAGCACUGAUAUUUUCAGGUUACAGUCCUGAAAGUGAUUCCAGUUUAACCAAGUGCAGUGUACAGGUUAUAUAGCCUCUCCUUGUAAUUAAAGGGCUCUUUUCUGAAUCCUCUCCGGACUCCAAUUGUCCUGAGCUGAGGUAUUUUUAGAGCCCAGCAUGUCACAGGGCUGGAUCAUGUCCAGAUCCUGCUGGUUGGGUCAAGGCAGCCUGACAAAAACAUGCAAAUUCACAGGCAGGAGCCUUCCUUCCUUCCCCCUGCCUGGAGAAUCUGCUGUGGUCAAGACUUUGCUCAACCUCACACAGCAAUUUCUGUGCUUUAAAUCCGCAUAAGAGACACAGAUUCUUCAUUCUACAUCAAAGGUUAAGGAUCGUUUACAAGCAAGAGGACUACACUAUCAGAAAAUCAGAAAAGAUCCUUACUCCUUACUGAUCCUUUUAUUCAGCGUGACUGUAAAAUUUGUGAGGUACUUUGAUUGUGGACCCUUAAAAGGUUGAAAGAUGAAUACAAAGAGAGAAACCACAUUCAGGUACUGAUUAAGCUCUUGUGAUAGCAUUCAUUUCUGGUAAACAGCAGCAUUACAGCUCCUCUACCUCCUUUAACAUUAAUUAUAAUAUGUCGCUGCUAAGGCGUUUGUGGUGGUUACCCAGCCUGCCACAAAUCCCCAAUCCCAUUUUUAUGCAGCUUCACCUUUCACUGAUUUACUUCAAGUUCCUGCCAAUACUUCAGACACCUCCAAUGCAGAGACACAUGAAUUUGCAAUGUGUGUGUAUUUAUAAGUGCAAGUAUUUGAGUUUUGCAGUCACCUAAUGUACACUUGUAAGUGCAUCUGUAAGUGCACCUUUGGUCAUAACUCACACAAAUGCACUGUGGAUAUAUGACUCCUGUCAGAAACACUACUGACUGCUUAGCCUAGCAAAUAAUAGCUAAUGGUUUCUGUUGUACCUUGAUACAGGGCUGCGGUCAGAGGCCGGAGUCAAGGCUGUCAAGUGAAGAUUGUUUUAUCUCCUGUAGGGUGUAUAAAAGCUGCACUGCAUUAUUUCACCUUUGUCCUCUUAAAUGUAUAGUGUUAUGUCAUGAAAAAAAACCUUAACUAAAUGUGUAACUGCAAAUUAUCCUGAUCUAGAGCAGUUUCCAUUAACACGCAUGCAUUUCUCUAACAGUGUACCAACUGCAGCAGGAAGCCCCAAGGCCAAAGAGGAUCACAUGUCCUCAGGAGGUCAGUAUUUUUGAAUCAGUGACGUACCGACGGUGUACUUCAGUCGGUUGAAGUUAUGUAAAUUUGCAUUUGUCAACUUCCCAGAAACAAUAUAAGAGUCUUGCAUUCAAAAUUUCCAAGGUAAAAGUGAAACAUGCUUCAAAACUUUCAAAUAUAGUCCAGUAAUCGUAGUGUUGCUUUCUUAUUUUCUCACCUAGUCAUGCAUCUUGGCAAACUUGUCAACCUGCAGUUCCCAUUUACUUUUUAACAGUUGUUUGUCCCCCUUUGCUUCUGAACCUGGUCUAACAGACGACAGCCACACUGCGUCUUGCAAACUGAGUUUUCAGUCUGGAAAACAUUCACUGAGCAGUGAUUGAGCCUGGCAGCUGAAAGCCAGACCAAUCAGUAACCUAUGGAGAAUGACUCGCUGCUUCGUGAAACUCUCACACCUCAUGACAGUUGUAGACUCUGAAAGUUCUGCACGCUUCUCUUACUGAAAGGUUUAUUCCUCACUUUGUGUUCAUUUAAUGCUGUAAAAUUUAUGAAAAGUGUUGUCAUUCUAUGAAGGUUGAGCUUGUGUUUUUGUCUUUUAAAUAAGUCGAAGUGUGUUAGUGUUGUGGAGUUGAAAGAGGGUCUGUGCUGACAUCUGUCUGGAAGAGUGAACUGCUAAUCAGCUGAUACCCUGAACACGGUCAAAGUGUGAAGUUUUUUUUUAGUUUGUGCCUGUAGAUGUUAUUCACGUGAUUUGUCCAAAUUUGAUAACUGAAGUUCAUAUUAGCCUCAGAUAUUCUUAAUAGAUUAUGAGUGUAGAUUUUACACUAAUUAUUAAUGCAGGAAACACAAAUUAACAUGUUUACACUGAGGUACAAACAGUGUGGGUGUCUAUUUCUCAUUUCCUCAUUUGGAACAGCUGCACAGAGAGGUUUAUUUUUUUAAUAACCUAUCUGUUUUGACUGUAUCUAGACGAGGGUGUAAUUAGACAUAAUUAGGUGUGUAGUGAGUUGACUGACAGGUGGGUGCUUUGUAGCUUUUUUCCUCUAUUCCGCCGUUUUCUAGCUUCAGAGAAAGUUGGUUAGAGUCAGUCUUUCUGCUGGAGUCGCAUUUGAGCUUUGGCUUCAUGACGCAUUUGAAAAUCCUUGAGAUUUUGUCCUUGUUGAAUAUAUAAUUAUAAGAGAUCUUUGUCCAUCAGCGGAAGAGUGUAUAGAUACUAGAGAUAUUUAUAAAUCACUGUCUCACUCAGAUUGACGCAUCUUUAGAUCUGUAUAUCACUGAGAUUUUGUCAUUGUUUAAUACAGUUUAUGCUAAUAUUUUGUAUCUAUUGCCUUCAGAACUGUCUUUUAAAACGUAUCAACAAAGGGCAAGUUUACAUAUAGUAUAGCAGAGGUAUGUAGGAAGCAGGAAUCAUUAGGAUGCAUUGUGUGAGCUUUUAUCUGUCAGUCAUGUAAGAAAAAAAACCAACAGAAAAUGUUUCUAUACUUGUUCUGUGCACUCAAUGAGAGGAAAACGUCAAUCUUCUAUUGUAUAGCCUGUCAUAAAUGAUGCUUGCUUCAUUCGAUUUUCAUGAAUCAUGAGCUCAGAAAAGUUGUGGGUUGGCUGUGCAAAUGGCUAUUGAUUCACAGCACAUACUGAUGGUACACAUGAAUACAUUGUUAUUGUAAAUCACAGUUUUAAAGAGAUCUUUGUCCAUCAUUGGAAGAGUGUAUAGAUACUAGAAAUAUUCAUAAAUCACUGUUUCACUCAGAUUUGUUCUCGACGAUUGAAUUGGAAAUAAAAGUCAUUUUGAUCUUUGAUUUUUUCUUGUUCAAGAUGAGAAAUCUGUUUCUUAUUUGACACUGGUUUGUGUUGCUGACACACUGCACACCCCGUCGUGACACUGUAACAAACUAAUAACUAAUGCCUUGCAGCUGGUCGAGUCUCACCAGCUGUUUUCUGGCUCUGCCUUUACGUUAUCUCCACACUCUGUGAUUUGGCUUCAUGGUUUGGUAGCUGUGAAUAGACGUGGGAGCACAUAUGGAGAUAAUCUGUCUCAUGGUGCUAAGUCUUUUAUCUUGCACACAGGCCUCAAGAACAAUUUAAGAAGCUAUUUGAUUGAGCUUUCAUAUUAUAAAGCUGUAGUUAAUACGUCUUCCUUUGUUUUACAGAUGGAGAACAGACCCAAAUACUACGGCAGAGAGUGAGUGUAACUCAAUCUUUCUUCUAUUACUUUGCAGUGAUUUAUUUGUUUCUGCCUUGCAUCAGAUGUGGUUAAGGCUUGUGUGGGUGGAUGUGUUUUUUUGUUUUGUUUUGCUGUGGUGUAAACCUGAGAAUGAAAUAACUUUAGGAGAAGUCUAAUAACUGUGAUUUGCUUUUCACAGAUUUCAUGGCAUGAUUUCCAGAGAGUACGCAGAUGAGCUGCUGGCAGGAGUGGAGGGUUCUUACCUCAUCAGGGAGAGCCAGAGACAGCCAGGGACACACACUUUGGCCCUAAGGUACUAACACCAUCAGUAUUCAGCACAGGUUUUCCAAACCAAUGCUACCUUGCUCAGGUGGUUCCAUUAUUUCCUUCCUAAUUCAUGCUUUUUAUCCAGGUUCGGGCACCAGACGCUCAACUACAGGUUGUUUUAUGAUGGGAAGCACUUUGUUGGGGAGAAGAGGUUCGAGUCAGUACAUGACCUUGUGACAGACGCCCUCAUCACGCUCUACAUUGAGACCAAAGCAGCUGAGUACAUCGCCAAAAUGACCACCAACCCUAUUUACGAGCAUCUCGGCUACACCUCGCUGCUGAAGGACAAGAUGGUACACCGGCUGAGCCGUGGACGCACUGAACCACGAAGAGUCACCUUUCAGAGAGAUGAGAAGGUAAUUUUUAUGGCAUUGGAACAUAAACCCACCACCAGCACUUGUCAACUGAAGUUGGCAUCAAACAGUAAAAGUUGUAGACGAUACGCUUAUUUGUGUCCAAAACUUCAAAAUAAUUAACCACCUGUGGCUUUGGCUAUCACUAAACAAUGUGUUUUAGUCAUUUUUUUUAACACAUUAAGACAAAAAAGCAAAAAUAUCACAUCACAGAGUUACAAUAUCUCAAAUAACGUCCUAAAAGAGUUCAUUUUAGUUCAACUCACUGCAAGAAAAAGAAGAAAUGAUGUCUUAUCAUUGAUGUUUGAUAUUUUGAUUUAAAAAAGUUAGUCCUAACUACUUUACAAUUAUCUGAUUUUUAAAGAUUUCAUCGUAAAUUAAGAGUUUACUCAUCAUCACUUAGUUUCAAAGAGGACAGAAAUUUACUCACCAAACCAAAAAGCCUAACAAUGGUUUUUAUUUUGAUAUUCAAGCCUUUUAGUGACUUUUUCACUCGGAGAUGUUCUUGAAGUUGUGAUUUAAGUAUUUUUUUUCAAGCAUUAUGUCUCAUUUGUUAAGAAAAAAGCUCCACCGUAUAAAUGAGUAAAAUCUCUAGUGCAUGUCUCCAGGCCUUUGACCCACACUAUAUAAUAUCUUGAUUUACUUCCAUGCUGCUGAACAUUAGCACUACACUCCCACUGGGAUGAGAGGACACUUUGUCCUGCGAGUGAGAUGAACGUUCUCCCGGUAGCCCUGGGGUGUGUUCGCUGCUGCCACGCUUUGUUGCGUCCUCUGAAAGGUAAUGAUGACUGAGGGGACUGGGACUUUGCUCUGCCUGCCGUGCAUAUCAGACACUCUCAUCUUGGGUGAGACAAAUUGCACAUUGUAUUCAUUGAGCUGUUGUUGGAUUCAAGUCUGUGAAUGAUUUAUCAAUGAGGAACGAGGAAGGUCUGGCUUUAUUUCUAGAGAAUUAUCCUUCCACUAGGGGGCGGUCUUAUCAUAUUUCCGCCUCCUUCUAGACCUGGUGACAGCACUUAGACUCACACCAAAUGUUUUUUUUUUUUUUUUUAAAAAGGGACUUCUUCUUCUUUAUUUCCUCAGAGAUUAUGAAUUUUUGGAUUACUUUGUGUAUCUCUCAUCUUGCGGUUUAGAUUUCUUGCUCUGGGGAGUCUGUCUUCAAGAUGUCAGCCAGUACUUUGUCAUCUUGACAUCCUUUUAAUAGAGGAGACAUGACAGCUUGUCAGCAGCAGCACCCGUUGCAGAAUUGAUAUCCAUCUUCACUUUAGUUUUGUAACAUAAACCAAUAAUGCAGCAAUGUUGACUUACUGGACAUUGGUUAGUCAAUAUGUAGUUUUCUUCGGAUGUGUAGUGCGGUGGGAAGCUCAAACUAUGUUAUAAUGCCUUGUCCAAGAGUUAAAUUUAUAUUCAUGUAGACAUUAUAAGAAACUUCUCGUCGUAUUAAUGCGACUCAAUUAAAACUCACGUGAACUUUGACAAAACAGACAGACAUAGGGCCAUGUUUAAUAGAAAAUAAUUCACAUUUGAUUCCCAGUUAGCUACUAUCAGGUAAGAGAGAACACCUUAUUUGUUAGCUAGUUAGCUACUACUAGAUAUCAGUUUAUGUUGACACACAGUCACCUCUUGUUUAUGAUUUGUAGGAAGCUUUUUUUAAUGUAUUGUACAACAGUAUGUUUGCAUUUGUUGACUCACUAGUUGACAUUAAAGUAAACUAGGAAGCAGCUGACUGCUAGCGUUAGUAGUCUUUUUAUGGUAGCUAGCAGUUUGUUACUUUAAACGUUGCUUUAUAAUUUAAAUACUUCAAAUACAACCUAAGCUGAUAUCAGAUAUCAGCUUAGGUUGACACACAGUCCCCUCUUGUUUAUGAUAUGUAAGAAGCUUUUUGUUUAUGCAUUGUACAAUAGUAUGUUUGCAUUUGUUGACUCACUAGUUUACAUUAAGGUAAACUAAGAACUAGCUGACUGCUAGCAUUAAUAGUUUUUUGAUGGUAGCUAGCAGUUUGUUACCUUAACUGUUGCUUUAGUACUUUUGAGUUGUCUUAUGACAUAAGAAGGAUGUGAGGACAAAUCAGAUUUCCAUUCAUUCUUGCAUCUUAUGACUUAAAGAAGUAGCACUAUGGUAUCAUAAAACUGUUUGAUCUUCUUACCCAAUGCUUAAUGUCUGAGAAAAAUCCCCUGUAGGUAUUUGAUGUAUUGACUUACUGUGGUUUUAUUUAGCUUAUUGCAUGCCACAUGCCACUAUAAAUGUAUAGUAGGCCCCUCGGGCAGAGAACUCCCCUCAUAAGUGCUCUGAUGUUUGCCUAACACACAGAGCUUUAUUGAACAGUGUCACACACUGUUGCUCUCUGUUUGAUUUUCAGCUUUGAUGUUGGAAGUUGUGUGGACUGCCGACUCUAUUUAACCUCCGUUUGGAGAGUGAAUCUAGAGCACGUCUCUAAUGUCACAUCUUCAGUAAUGUUUUGAAAAACUGAUUUAAUAUUCCUCCUGCCAACUUUUCUUCUCAAGAAACUGAGUCAGUGACAACUGUGAUGUUGGCACGCUGUAGCCAGACAGCACUUGAAAACCACCUGCCAGUCACCGCUAAAAGGGACAGAAAAGAGAAGAAAACUGUUUUCUGUCUGCUGAAAUGUCCAAGGAAGCAGAAACCUGGCUCAAAUGUGUGGCUGCUUUUUGAAAGUCAUGUUUACCAAUUAUAUAGUCACGCCCAGGGGCAUUACAGCCACAGUAGCUUCACUGUAUCGUCAGCUUUCAUGUGUUUACUCAGUGUCCGGUUCAUUCCUCCAUAUUGCCGUGACUGCAGAUUCUUGAGUAAUUAAAAAGCUCCCACAAGGUGAGUGGGGGGAUACUUGACAUAACCUUUAGAUCAGUUAUCCUGGGUUUUCUUCUUUUGGCGUGUGCAGGAAUCUGCUCCGUGGUCAGAGUCUCUGCCAAAUUCCUCCUCACUGACACUUGCCGGUUUAAUGUUAGAGGAGCUCUUGACAGGCCGGUCUGCCUUCAUGUCGUAGAAAGAUUUCCAAAGACAGUUUGGUGAUUCUGGUUGGGAUCAUUUCCUGUUUUCUUUCCCCCGAGAAUCUAAUGUUUUAAUAAUACAAACUGCCAAUUCUAUCUGCAUGUUGUGAAAGGUACAAAGAGAGUCUAAGAUGAGUGAAACAGUGUCCAUUUUAUUCAUUUUUAAAUAAUGGCUGAUUUCCUUUAUUGUUGCUCCCACCACAGUGCAUCUUUUCAAUUAUUUUGUUCAACAUGCUGUUAGAGCUGUUUUGUUCCGGGUGUGUGUCGCCAUACCCUGCCGUCUUACUGUGUCAGUGCCCACUGUGCUGUUUACCCAUGAGUCCGCUCAGCUCCCACAAAGAGGAAUAAAAGAGCCAAGCCACUGAAAAGAAAGCAGGGCUUGUUUUGUGACCACCUUUUGUGUCCUUUUCUCUAAGCUCUUCCUUAAGAGACAAGAAGCCAUCUGCCUGCAGACAAAGAGUUCAGCCCUCGUCUCCCCCCCUCCUCACUCUCUGUCCAGUCUCCUCACAGAGCCUCAGACGGGUCUCUUCCUCAUCUGUCCCCUCAGACUUCGUUGCGUUGUAUAGUUUGGUAUGUGAAGGUCUUUUUGAAGAAUGUCAAACACAAUGACAAAAAUCCUCACCUGUCCUGCCACUCUUUUAGCUAGCAGCUAGUUAACUGUUGUCCUUAGACAUCAGAGACACACAACAAAAGCUGGUACACAAAAAGACCCAGAGUUUUUUUUCCCCCCACUCCACUUCUGUGUGUGUUGGCUGCCAAUGCUUUCAUUUUAUCUCAGCUUAGCAGUUGCCCUUUAGGUCUUUUGCUCCCCAGCAGGCUACCCUGCCUCAUAUCUAUCCUCACAAAUCCAAUGCUUGCUGGCAUACUGACCUUCUCCUGCUGCUCCAUAAAUAAGUUCAGCCUUAUUUUAUGAGAUGCACUCCAUGUUUCAAGCAUAGCUGUCCUGCAAAAAGAAAUGUUCCAUGUAAGACCUUGCAGAUAUUUGUUGUUUGGCAUGUUGCUUGUUCUGCUGUGGUGAUGUGUGCCUUGGUUAAGUUCUCCGUGCUUAAUUAAAAAGCCGAAUGCCUUGUGGUGCUGUUAUCUGGUUGUUUACAAGCAGAGCUAAUAGGGGCAAAUUCAGCAUGAAUGUAGCAACAACCCCCCACUGGUAAAAUACUUCAUGACUGCGGACCUGCAAAUGAGCUUCUUUUGGGAUUUUACAUGGAUUUAGACACUGUGAGAUUAUUCCCUGUGUAAGGAUUAUGGAAAUAAUCUCCCAAUCCAAGUUGAGGGUCUGGCUCUUCUUCUGAGACAAACAGUUGUGAUUGGCGGGAGGAGUCUGCAGCCAGAGUGUCUGGAUGAGCCAGUCUGGACGGCAGUGUGGGGAAUUCCACCAGCCGACUGUCAUAGCUAGAGGUCGAGGUCUGUUUGAGUGAUGAGGGCACAGCAGAGGGGAUCUAGGGUCAGUCUUGGAGCAGCAGAGUGACCCGUUUCGAUGCUGGUUAGAGCUGCUGGCAGUGUGGUAUCUCCAGUCAAGUGGAGCGUGCUAAUGGGAGUGUGCUGUGUGCUAUAAAGAGGGCGUCCGCACUAUUGAUCCUGCUUUACAGAGCUGUUGAGCUGUGUGAAGUGGUCCUGACAGCACCCGACCUCCCUCUCUCUCAACCUCUUGGCCCCUCCCUAUCAGGGACCCUGUCCUCUCUCUCUCUUUCCUUUCUGGGUGUGUGAAAGAGGGUCAUUGUGUGAGGCACACUCCUGCCCUCAGGCCGCCCACUGCCUGUCCCGUUUCCCCUGCUCUUCUUGCUUGUUGCUGCUGCAGGAUUCAGAGCAGAUGCAAAGCCAACCCUGUGCUGGCUGUCAUCAGUCGCCCUCCUGGGUCAGAGGGGAGUGGAGCGUAGCUGCAGCUUCUGUGCUGGGCUGUUGUCGGCAGCGUCUGCUGCACAGCACCCAGGUCUCCUCUUCACGUCUUUCUUCAGAGGAGAUGGAGAGUCUCUGGGAGCCUGAGCAGUCGAGUAUGGAGGAAAACAAAGCAGCACUGGGAGGGGAGCUGAUCACUCACAAAGUUAAAAGACACGAGAGGAAGCGUCAGGAGCUGCUGGCUUUGGCUCUGGGAGUCAAACUUGGGAGUAAAGGGACACUUCUGUGGAAACCUAUUAAACUGUUGGCCUCCUGUCCACAGAUCUCCUCACCUCUGGUACGACGGAGUGCCUUGAAAGACACACCGGAGAAGCAGUGCUCAUACGAGAAGAUACACAACUUUAAGGUGAGCUUGUUUCUAUUUUUAUUUAAUCCAUCGAUAUUUUUUUAGUUCUCUUUAAGCUUUCAACCAAAUGCUUUGAACCAAACACAGGCAUGUAUGUACAGAUGUAUUUUUGCCUCAGAUGUUCGAAGACUUAAGUGUGUGUGUGUUGUGUUAGUGUGAACACACGCAGCUGACACCCAUAUGCACUGAGGGGAACUAAUGGAUACACUCAAACCCAAGCUAUUAACAGCUGAGCACAUUGAUUUCAAAGCUCUUCGAUCCAUUUGUGUUUGAGGCUGUUCGUUCUGUAAAAGCAGUAGAAAAGUGUUGUGGAGUCCACUCGUGUCUCACUCAGAGGGUGUAGGUGUAUUAAACAGAUUGGAGAGUAUAAUGGAGGUAUUUGAAUUGACAAAGGAGGAUUUGGGGAUACGUUGCCUGCGGGCUCCCCAGCAUUCUUGCAAUUGUAUCCAAGGUUUCAGUUACCCGGCUGGCUACAAUGACCUCCAGCUUUUUGUACACUCCCUUUUGAAAAAGAACAACUCGCCACCUGCCGUCUGCCCUCUUCACUCAUCAGUCUACCUAUACACCAUGAGGUGUGUGUGUAUGUGUGUGCGCGACUCCAUUUACCAUCUUAACUGUGUGUUUUAGGGUGAACACUGGGCCUACAUCUGUUAUUUUGACUCACAGUCUGGCCACUUUGCUUGCCUGCAAGUAUCCGAUUGCCCAGCAGCAGAUGCCAGACACAUCAUUGUAAAUCCUUUAAUCUGCCUUGUAUAUACAAAUGCUCUCAUUUGGCGAGGGGCUCCCGUCUACUGUAGCUGUGGACCAAAAUCUCCAUCCAGGCGAUAAAGGAGCAAAUUCUUGUAUAUUGUAUCCAUGUGUUUGAGUGUAACAAUGCCAUCUCCUCAUUCAGGUACACACCUUCCGUGGGCCACACUGGUGUGAGUACUGUGCCAACUUCAUGUGGGGUCUCAUCGCCCAGGGUGUCCGCUGCUCAGGUAACCAUUCUGACCUCAACAUCUAUACUGCAUGUCAUAGAUUAUCCACAGAGUGUCACAGUAGUCUUGGAUUACACAAGUAUGUUUAAUCUGGGGCCGACAUCGCCUUCUGUCUGGCAUGUUUCUGUUGCAUAAGUACAUAUUUUUUCCACCCAUCUUUGUUGGUUGUUCCAUAAUGUCAUUUUUUUAUGGUUAUUUUCCUUUUUUAUAUCUGUGACGGACAAGUCAGUGGUUUAGUGAAAGACAUUCAUUGGGGAAAAACCCUGCAAGGCUCAGACAUUUUAAUAUAAUUAAAUCUAUAACUGCUAUCAUUCAGUCAAGAAUAUUGAAUAGCUUUCAUAAUCAAAAUGAGAAAGCAGCUAAAUGUUUUAUAUGCUCUUUUCUAAUUCUCCUGUAACUGGUGAGAGUGCAGAAAGAGGCCGCAUGAUUCAGUUAGCUGUCGGCAUUUAUACUCGAAGUAAGUUCUGUUGUUGUUUACAGCAAUCGACGACAGAAAACAUGUAAUUAUAAAUAUGUGAAUGAACACAUCAAACGCUUUUUUUAUUGUUAACUAAAUUUAGCUGCAGAACCAACGGAUUGAUUGCCUUUUGGAGUUGAGUUGAAUGUUAAAGGCCUCUCUGGUCACAAGAUUCGCUCUCACACACACACACAGCUCUGAAACCGAUGUGCGCAUCAGUGGACUCGCUCGCCUUCCUUCUACACAGAGUGUUUGUUGUUGAGACAUUUGCCAUGCUGAUAAGCCAGAGGCGAACACUGGUAUCAUCAGACACCUCAUGUGCUAUGGGAAAACAGGAGAGACUUUUUGUCCUGGCUCACUCCCUUUCUAGAUUCUUCCAUUUUACUUAUCUCCUGCUGUACUUUGUCUGUGAGCUUCGACCGAGGGCGAGGACCCCAAUCAGUUUUGCUGGUGGAGUAAAAACGUCUGCAUGAUGAACGAUUUAAAUGGGAAAAGCUCAUCUACAGGUGCAGCUCUUCAAAAACCUUUCUUCCACCCUACUCUUGCCCGGCGUUUAGCACGCUCCAUGCAACUAAAAGCAUCACCAGAGCCUCCACCCAUGCAGCUAUGAUUGCUGUUAUCUACCUCAUGCACGGCGCACAGACACAGCAGCAUCUGACACUGCUGUCCGACAGGGUUGUUCGUCAAAUCUUUCCAACAUGUGUCCAAAGCCUGCUGUGAUGCUUGUGUUAUCUUCAGUCUGGAUCUAAUCCCUCUCUAUCACUCCGUCUUUUUUUCUCUCUUUCCGUCUUCCUCUUGUUCCUCCAGAUUGCGGGCUGAAUGUACACAAACAGUGCUCCAAACUGGUCCCUAGCGACUGCCAGCCGGACCUGCGCAGGAUAAAGAAAGUGUUCAGCUGUGAUCUCACCACACUGGUCAAAGCUCACAAUACGACACGACCCAUGGUGGUGGACAUGUGUAUUCAGGAGAUAGAGCUAAGAGGUAAAGUGGCGAUUACAAAGUAUAACAGAGCAUAGUGAAUACUUUGUUGGAAAAAGACUGAGAGGAGUUUCUGGAUGUUUCAUUACAGGCAUGAAAUCUGAAGGUCUUUACCGAGUUUCUGGCUUCUCAGAGCACAUAGAAGACGUCAGGCUGGCCUUUGACCGAGGUUUGUCUACAUCAGAUUUUGCCUGAGGAUCUAGGUUUCUGAGGUUUCAGUUGAUCCUUUUCAAUAAGAUUCCUGUUCAGUUCAGCAUGACAAAACAGCCCCGCUCUGUUAUUCUGUGACGUAAAUGAAAACACUCAGCUUUCCUUUCGUUAAUCGAGCCAACAUUACAUGCAAGUCACAGAUUUUCUGCUUUUCAUGUGCAGAUGGUGAGAAGGCUGACAUCAGUGCCAGUGCCUAUGCAGACAUCAACAUCAUCGCUGGUGCUCUGAAGCUCUACUUGAGAGACCUUCCCAUUCCAGUCAUCACAUUUGACCUGUACUCUAAAUUUAUUCAAGCUGCAAGUGAGUGCUCCUCCAUUCCUCGUUAUUUCCUGCGAUGACUGUGGCACUAUCCUGCAGUUUUCUGAUUCUUAUUCUUGACUUUAUGUCAUGUAGAACUUCCAAAUGCUGAAUCCAGACUGGAGGCCAUACAUGAGUGUUUGCUACAGCUUCCCCCAGCCCACUAUGAGACCCUACGCUACCUGAUGGCUCACCUCAAGAGGUCAGUAAUGCACAGGCUCUUUUAUUAAAUGAGUAAGCCUAUGAAUGUCUUUUUCUCCCCCCUGUUGUAAGACCAAAUUGAAUUGAUGUUAUCUUCAAGAACUGCAUGAAUGGCCAUGGAGAUAGAAAGUAUGCUCUGACGUUUUUAUGAGUCAAUAUUAUUCCACUGUCAAAGAAACUCAUACCUCCACCUUUUAAAUCAAAUUAACCAACUAAAACAGUCAGGAAACAGUCAAAAUUGAGCAUCAUUUAUUUAACACAGCUACAUCCAGGAUCUAAGUGUGACUAACGUUUACAGAGCUAGUUACACAUCUGCUGGUUACACGUUGUCACUUUAAUCCGACACAGUUUAUAGGAAAGAAAAAUACAGUGACUUGCUGUUUCAGGACAAGUUUUCGUCUAUUUCUAAAAUGUUUUCAUACGUUUUGAACUGCUGCCCAGUGUCAUUUUAUUGGUUUCAAUAUUUUUAUAUGAACUGUUGAGAGAAGCAGAAUUAUUGAGUUCUGCCAGCCCUAGCCUAAAAUUUAAUAUUCCUGGGGUGAAUCACUGCAUGACAAACAAUGAAAACCACAUUCAAAUACCUUUCUGUUUUUGUAUUUCGCUGAUUUCAACUCUCCUUACAGACUAGUUAUGUAAUGUGUCUUACAGGGUGACACUGUUUGAAAAGGACAAUUUAAUGAAUGCCGAGAACUUGGGGAUUGUCUUCGGUCCAACACUCAUGCAGCCGACAGAGCUGAAUGCCUUGACAACCCUGAAUGACAUGAGGCAGCAGAAACUCGUGGUGCAGCUCAUGAUUGAGCAUGAAGAUGUCUUGUUCUGAGGAUUGAGGCAUGCGGGCUUUUCUACAGACACGAAGGACAAUUAUUUAUUCAGUCAAAGAGGAAAUCCAAGCCACCUUGUUUCUGAUGAAGUCUGAAAAGUUUGUAAUCAAAAUGAACUUGAAAUGCUUUUUUUUUCUCUCGCAUGACUGUUUUAGUUGGAGUUUGUUUAGUGUUGACAUUGUCUUGUUGCUGUAUGUUUGGGGUUUUCCUUUUUUCAGCCGAGACCAUCAUUUUUUAUAAAAGUAAAUCCUCCAGUAUUUUGAACAGUGCUGUUCCUCCUGUCUUUGAUUUGAAGACUACCUGGUGUAGACUCUGUCAUGAUGGCACUAUGUGAAAUCUGCCCCAGGCCGGCUGUCAGUCAGUGAAACUCUGGUGCUGUGUAAACCAACCUCACUGCAGCACUCAAGCCAACUUCCCAUGCGAAAUGUGCAUUUUGUGAUUCUAGUGGGAACGCUGGUUUAAACUUAACUGUCCUUGAAAUCAGAUCAUGUAAUGAUCUAAGCGUUGUGUGUACUAAAAUAUGAGAGAUGGGACUAUUGGACGCUCAUAAAGCACUUUUUAGAAACAAGUGUACAGAUUAAUUUUGUAAAGAUGUUUAUUUUUGUCUUUUGCUCUGCAUCAUGUUUUUUUUUGUCAUGUUAAAAUUAACUGUUGAAAAAUACGUGUUGAGGUCUGAAUACAAAACUGUUCACAGGAGAAAAGAAGAAUCAGAACAGCAGAAGUUUGUGGAUAUACUGUUUUCAUUUGCACUGUGCUCAUUGUUAUGGUGAGGAAUAUAAAACUGGGUCUUCAAUUUGUCUUUUGUUUUCUAUGUCAUAUUGCAGACUACAAAUCACAAAAAUACUCUUCUGCAAACAUUGUUUGUUUCCAGUUUUGUAGUAUCUCUGUUUACAUGCUGUAAUCUAGGAUUUUUUCCAGGCUAAAAACAACAUCUGUACCCUUUUUUUUCUUUGCCUUUUCCUCAAUGCCAGUAACAUGUCUUGGCGCAGCAUUAGUGUCCUUUCACUUCACAAAGCCAUAGAAGUGAGCAGUCACACUCAAGCUGUGCCAAGUGUGUUUCUUUCAGUUUGUGUAAUGUGAUUUAGUAAAUUCUUUCUACAAAUCCAUUCUAUCAAAAGGUAUUUUUGUGACAGUUGCAAUUAAAAUGUAAUUUAUCAAAUGAUUUAUUAAAGGAGAGAAAACCUCAGUUUAAA